CCCAAGAAUCAGUUUUCCAUAUCUGUAAACAACAAAGCAGAAGGAUCUUUCCUUUCUCUGUGGAGAAAGAUAGAUGGGCUCUGUCAGGAGAAGGGGGAUAGCUUCUAAGAGCUUCUGCUCUGCUGCAGUUCUUAGCACCAGGCACUUUCCGCAUGGGAGACCAGUGUUUCUCAACCUUGGCAUCUCUAAGAUAUGUGGAUUUCACCUUCCAGAAUCCUGGGAGUUGAAGCCCACACAUCUUAAGAGUUGCCAUAAUUGAGAAACAUUGCCUUAGAUAGUCACACCAUAAUUCAUGUUUGGUUUCCUAAACACAAAAUAAUCAACAGGGUCAGUGGUGGAUUUCAAAAUUUUUUACUACCGGUUCUGUGGGUGUGGCUUGGUGGGCGUGGCAUGGCUUGGUGGGCAUGGCAGGGGAAGGAUACUGUAAAAUCUCUAUUCCCUCCCCACUCCAGGAGAAAGUUACUGCAAAAUUCCCAUUCCCUCCCAAUCAACUGGGACUCGGGAGGCGGAGAAUAGAUGGGGGCAGGGCCAUUCAGAGAUGGUAUUUACCGAUUCUCUGAACUACUCAAAAUUUCUGCUACCGGUUCUCCAGAACUGGUCAGAACCUGCUGAAUACCACCUCUGAACAGGGUGCUGAGAAACAAGACUGUCUUUGUUCUAAUAGUUUUCCUUCCAUAAGCCCACAUGCAGCACAUGCAGGAAAUUCCACUUUUCCUUAGAGGAAUCUAAAGUAAAACCUUCCUCACUCUACUAUCUUCCACAUUCCACAUUUGGGAAAAAUUGCUCAGAAAUGUUCCUGUAGCCCUGUAUCUUUUGAAAUGGUUGAAUUCAACAGAGAUGUGAAUCUAGGUCUGUUCACUCCAGCUGAUGGUAAUCCUGUCCUGGUUACAUUCCACAUUGGGGGACUGGGGAGUGGAAAGAACCAACAAUCAAUCUUAGAUUUGACCUUCUUCUGAUCCUUUUCUUCUUCUGCAAAAAAACUCCAGGGAUUUUUCAAAUCUUGCCCAAGCAAUGUACCCUUUUCGUCAAGAAAGAAGUCCUGUAUAUGCUUACUGUUGGUGUUGUCCUAUGGCUGUGUGGUUUCAUUUUCAUUGACCAUAAAAAGGAAGCCGAAGCUGUUGAGAUAAUGUCAGCAACUGGAGACACCAUGCUCCGGGACCAUCUGAGAAUAUGGGUAUUUUCUGAAGGCCACAGAACUGGUGAAUCCACCUUGGAGCCCUUGCAAAGAGAGGCCAUCCAUCUCGCAGUGAAGGCGCAGGUGCCAAUCAUUCCUGUGGUGAUGUCCUCCUACAAACCAUUUUUCAACAUGAAGACUAGCAAAUUCACAUCUGGGGACAUCACCAUCCGGAUUCUUCCUCCAGUGAAGACCAAAGGAUUGGGCCGGGGUGAUAUCCCAGACUUAACAGACCGUGUGUGGGGGAGCAUCCUAUCCAACUUCCAUGACAUCUCAGCAGAGCCUGGGAAACAAGCAGGCAUGGUCAAAGAAGACACCAGACAAGCCCCCAAUUACUAAGGAACUAAUUCAAUUUUUCCCCCUUCUUCAUUGUUUCUUCUUCGGCUUUUUGUGGAUCUACCCAUUUAUGGGUGGCCCUCUUGGGUGCCUUAACCUGUGACCUGGACUUCUUGUGAGAAGAGUGCCAUUUUUUUUGGAGAAAGCAUAGAGAUCCUUCAGGAGCCCGUAAAAGUGGUUCUCCUCUUCAUUUGGGUUUGAGUCCUGCUUCCUUUUUCCAUACACUUUAAAGGAUAGAAAACUAAAAUCAAAGGGAGCUCCAUGCAGCGUAAACUUGAGUAGGACGGCUGUGGUUUCCAAAACAGGUUUCUCAGCUACGUUGCUUCUAGAGCUAGAACUGGGGCCAGAACUGGGGAAGGCAGCAGGCAUUGUGAGGCAAGUGCCCGUUGCCACAGCAACCAGCAUCUCCGAUGCAAAAGGGACAGCUCGGCCUGAGCCAGAGACAGAGACAGCCGGUUGGGAGGAAGAAUUCACAAUCUGAUUGUGAGGCCGAACACGUGCCUCACAAAUCCUCCCGAAGGCUGGAGAGCGGAGGCCUGUCUCCUUAACGUGGCCUCGGAGAUCUCAGCUUUUUUUUGCACACAGGUAAAUAUGGCGCAGGAGGACCGUUUCAUCGGAUGCUUCCCUGACUCGCUUUGGCCUUGCAAUGGGUUGUGGGAGCCCCAGUCUUUGUCUUACAUAAACCGGGACAUUGCAUUAAAUCAUCAUGGGGUUGACUGCUUUAGGGAAUGGCCAAUUUUGUCAGCGUAGCCAUUGUCUUUUGCUAACUCAGUUUAGUGAGUUGUAUGACUGCAGCCAGAGGUGGUGGAGCUACAGGGUAUUGCAUAUGAGUUUUCCAGGGAUAGUACACUGUAUGUUGGUGGGAAAGAAAGUUUGAGGGAACUUUGUCAAUUAACCCUGUCUUAUUGAAGCUUUCCCAAUAGAAGACCAGAUCCUGCAGCAACACUAACUAUUCUUUUUUGCCUAGGUAGUCUUAAAAUAAAUGUCAUAUAUUAUGGAAUAUUAUGUAUUUACUCUGAAUAUUGACAUACUGCCACAUCUAUAUAUCGCUAGCCAGUUUACAAAUCAAUUCAUGAAAAAAUAUGGGUGCUGUAAAAAAAACCCAGUAAAAUUUAAUCAGAUAAGAAACAAAGGGUAUCCUUCAUUGGGAUAAUCAUAUCCAAAGACUUGUCUAAAAAGGUUGUUUCCAUCAUUUUCUGAAAGGGAACCAAAAUGGGAUCUACCCAGAUCUUCGCUGGGGGGGGCAGGGGGGGAAUGGGGAACAUAUUCUAAAGGGUUAAAGUGUGGAGCAUAAGAGAAGUGUUGUUUCCAGGUUCUGCCUUCUUCCGUGGAAACUCAAGGCUUCUUCCAUAUGUUUUGCUUGUCCAGACAGUUUAUAAUAAACUCACGUGACUUUGA